AGAGGAUGACAGUACCAGUGUGGCUGCUUCUUCUUUCAUGUCUCUGUUCCAUCGGGUUCAGCUGGAUCCUGUAGAGAGAGAGUGGAUAAAGAGCUCAGCUGUAGGAAACAUGGUGGCCCAGAGACGACUGCUGACCCAGGAGCCGAACCUGAUCAUGAAGAAGACAGCUCUUCACUGGGCCGCCAAGCAGGGCCGUCAGGAGGCCGUGGACGUGAUGCUUCGCUCCGGGGCCGACGUCAACGCCAGAUCGCAUGGUUACACGGCGCUCCACCUCGCCUCCAUCCACGGACACCAGCACGUCGUCCACGCCCUCAUCAACAACUACAAAGCUAAAACCAACAUCAGAGAUUAUCACGGGAAGACGGCUGUUCACUACUGGAGCGGGAACGCCGACGUCUUCACCAAACAGGACAGCCAGCCAGGUGGGCGCUUUACUCGGACCAGGUGGACUCAGCGCUACACGCUGCCGUCCCUGCUGCUGUCCCGGUCUCGCAGUCAGGACCAGAUCAACGUGAACCUGGGGACCCUGCCUCAGUCUGGCUCUCAUGAAAUGUUUGAGCUGCGGCUGUGAUUUAGAUCCAGACCAGAGGUCUCUAAAGGUCUGGGUGUUUGAGAACUAUCUCUGAAUAAAACACUGAGAACUAAAUAUGAA